GGCGCGGCGCGGGCCGGCCCUGGGCGGGUGUCCAGAUGUGCCUGGCUGGGAAGCCUGGGCAGGAGGGUAGUCCUAGGCUGGUUGCAGGUUUCUGUUGGGUUGCAAGUGUGCACUAGGAGGGCCUUUGCCAUGGCCGAGAAGUCGGAGCAGGCCGUGAAGUACUACCGGCUGGAGGAGAUCCAGAAGCACAACCAUAGCAAGAGCACCUGGCUGAUCCUCCACUACAAGGUGUACGACCUCACCAAAUUCUUGGAGGAGCACCCUGGCGGGGAAGAAGUCCUCAGGGAGCAGGCAGGGGGCGAUGCUACGGAGAACUUCGAGGAUGUCGGCCACUCCACAGAUGCCCGGGAACUGUCGAAGUCGUUUAUCAUCGGGGAGCUGCACCCGGAUGACAGAUCCAAGAUCGCCAAGCCUUCGGAAUCUCUCAUUACUACUGUGGAUUCGAGCUCCAGCUGGUGGACCAACUGGGUCAUCCCGGCCAUCUCGGCGCUGGCCGUGGCCCUCCUCUAUCGUGUCUACCUGUCUGACGAAUAGCUGCUGUCAGCCUGCAAUCCGAGAAGGCCACGGCUGCUAGGAACCUGAUGCCGAGGGACUGGCGUGAGCUGCUCCUGCCAACGGAGACAUUUCCCCAAGAGUGAUUGUAACCCACUUCGCCCACCGCCCGUGGCAGAGACCAGCCAGCCCUGACGAACUGUCCCCUGUGGCCCCUGAGCGUCUCUGUGCCUUGUUUCUCCACUUACUGUACAAUGAAUGACCUUUCAGAGAAUACAUCUGCCUUUGAAAACA